ACGUUAUGUAGACAAAUCGUGAAUAAUCGAAAAGAUAAACGGAAAAAGUUUGAAUUAAGACAAAUGUCACCAUCAGAUUUUAUUUUUUUUUUUACUUUGUAGUGUAGCAAGGAUAAGGCUACAUUAUUUGUACAUUAAAAGUUUUUAUCAGUCUCAUAAAAUGCUGCUAAUGAUCUGCAUGAUGAAUGAUCAAAGUCAUUGCACCACCUUUUUGCACAGUAAGAUGUAAUUAGUACAAAACAUUUCAGAAUCAUAAUGUUGACACUUCAUUUGAAAAAUGUAACAAUUAGCUUUGCUUACAUUUUCAGGGACAAACACGGUUUGGAGGCUACAGGCAUAUGUAAUAUUCAAACUAAAAAAAACACAACCUUAUUCAUAGAGGUACAACUACUCACGGUUUCAUUGUGGUUCUAAACUAUCGGAAUAAACUUCAUGAUUUCAGGACUUUUUGAGGUCAGAACACAAAGUUUGGAUGAUUUGAAGAUCUCAGCUCAGCCUUCUGUCAAGAUGGAGGCCUCCUGCAGAAGUCAUGGCCAGCCAGUACGUCUAAAGUAUCAGAGAAAUGUCGUCGCACUACAAUUUGAAAACAACACUUCCAUUUCUCUCCAGCUUGUACAGUAGUUGGCACCAACAUAAUAAUGCAUCUAUUUGUGUCCAUUGUGAAGCUUCUUACCUCAGUCGAAGCUCUACAGUAACACCUUGCAUUAGAUUUCUCAUUUGCCAACCUUACAUCAGUUGUUUACGGCUUCAGGUUGCAUCAGUGCGAUGAAGCUUCUGUCCUGCUACUGUAGAUAGAAUACUCAUGGGAGAAUCAUCAUGCUGCCGGAGAAACACGAAACUUACCAUCCAGUUAUCUGGUGGCUUAUGUUAUAUUUCCUACUAAAGAGUCUGUAACCUAAAAUAUCAUUUUCGAAAAUCAAAAAGGAAGAAAUGUUGGGUAACAGGAGAGCUUUUACACCUUUCCACAUUGUAUAAAAAAGUUGCUCCACCAUCCAUCUCCGCCACAGCCUAAACACGCCUUCCAUCCAUCUCCACACCAUCCAAUCGCUGAACACAGCUACUCAAGUUCAUGGAGCUAACCAAUUACAACCUAGCUCAAUGCUACGAACGAGAAUCACAUGAUCUAAAAUCUGUUCCAUUCCUGAAACGGUACACUUGGUCCUUGUAGAGUGAGUUGUUUGUCCCAGUGAUCGUCAGGAUAAGAAGGUCGGGGCUGUGUUGAGGUGAGGCGUUUGAUGAGAUGUUUCUCUAUUAAGUAUGAUCUUAAUGGAUUAGACAUGAAUGAUAAACCAUAACCUUUACUCUAACUCUUUUUUUUUUUUUUCUUUUUAGCAUUUCCUUCCAGAUUUAAAACAUGUUGAACGCCAGCCUUUAUGACAACUCGACCAGCACCGGGGGUCGUGUUCGCCCGCUCUGGUACAAUUACCCAGAAUGCGUCGUGUCCCCUCAGCCCUUUGCCUUCUACUUUGCGUGCAAGGUGAUCAACCUGGUCGUUGGCACUCCGGGCAACAUCUUCGUCAUCUGGCAAAUCGCUUCGAAAAAGAAGAACACUUCCACGUCGGACAUCUUCUUCCUCAACCUGGCCGUGCUGGACGCCUACUUCUGCUUGAUGACCCCUAUAGAGUUGGUCAACAGGAUGGAGCUGGACGACAAAAACAUCUGGAUCUUCCAGAGGUUUGCGUAUGGGGUGAAGGACCUAGCACCACUUUUUCUUGUGUGUAUCUGCGUGGACCGCUACAUGGCUGUCGUACACCCAGUGUUUUUCUCGAGCUACCAGGAGACCAUCACCCGCGGUUGCGUUUGCAUCAUAAUCUGGAGUUUAAUAAUGCCCUACAGCAUCAUCAAGGGGAUCCACGGCAUUCUGAGCGUGACCGGCAUCUUCUCCGGGGUCAUCCUCUUUGCAUUCGCCGUCAUGGUCUUCUGCAACAUCUCCGUCAUCUGGGUCCUCCGGCACUCGGUGGCGGGGAAGGAAAAGAUGCACCCGGUGAAGAAGAGGGCCUUCAAGAUGGUGCUGAAGAACCUGGGCAUCAUCGUCUUCAACUACCUCCCCCCCGUGGCCUCCAUGCCCUUCGUGUCUUACUACACGCGGUUCGAGUACCUCUGUCUGAUCAGCAUCAGCGUGUUCGCCGUCAUGGACCUGAGCUGCAGCAUCGAGCCGCUGCUCUACAUCUCAAAGUCGGAGGGACUGAACGCUUUCUGCUGCAAGAAGGCCUCGGAAAGCCCGGCCGACGUCAAGGUUUGACCCGGCCGUGUGUGAAGUCACUUCCCGUCCUCCACAUUUACCGACAUCCCCUACGGCUACAGAGUCUUAAAAUAAAUAGCUACCAUGGCGAUGUGGUGAAAAACGUUUGUUUCCUCCCGUUAUCCGACUGGGAGCUUAGAUUAUUUUUUUUUUUUAUCAUCUUCGCUACCCUCGAUAUUUUUUAUUUACCAACUAAUGAAGAUAA